AUGGGGAUACUACUGGACAACAAGCUCAACAUGAACCCCGAAGUCGAUGCCAGAAUAAGAAAGGCGAAAGCAGCUGCCACAACUUUCGCAGAUACGGUCAAAACUAUACCACCCUCAAUGCUAGCUGCAAGGGUAAGGAUUACCGGCGCCUGUGCUGUCAUACUACCGCACCUACUGUACCUCUGGAGAGAGAUACCCUUUACACCACAGCAAAGAAGUACGAUGACAGACGUAGCAACUCAACUACUUGCUAAGGUACUGGGCAACACCAGUGGGGUGUCAGCUAGAACAAUCCUACAGCAUGUGGAGAACAUAACCAAGGGGCUCACACCCAGAAUGAAGCAGAUGGCGGAAAUACCAUGGGAGCUACAGAAGGACACCUAUGCGGAUCUGAGUAUAGCUCAAACAAGUGAUUUCCACAAGCAGGGGCAGAGUACAAGCAUCCUUCAUGUAACAACCGAGAUGAACGGCGCGCCACAACCUGCUACUAGAAAGCCGUUCAUACCGAAAUUGAAACUGACCGAGGAACCGGACACUACAGACUUUGUAAGCCCGAGGGAGGAUUUGGACUAUGAGGAAACCAGAGAUGUAUAUGCCACCACACUAGAAUGCUCACCACCCACCCCUGGUUUCGGCCAAGAUAAGCAUCCACCGAACACGUCGAACAUGACGCUGAGACUGGAGACCAUUCGUGCAGUGGAACUUGCCCAGCUGACCUGUCCAUACUGUGGGAUGGAGAAGACGACCAAGCAAGCUACCAGGGCCCACUUUACUACAGCACACCCAGGCCUCUAUCGCCCACCACCAGACGACCCAUGUUAUUGCACUGGUUGCAAACGAGUGAUGACUAAGCCUUACUAUAGAGACCACCGAUGCAGGAAGGCACCUACCGAAGAAUUCAAGACGACAGAGUGCGUGGGCUGCGGAAAAUGCUAUGCUAAUCCUCAACUCUCUGCCCACCUAAUACACUGUGUCAAGUACACCGGACAGCUGAUACCGUCCAGGCAAAAUACAGGAGCUUUCGAGUUUGCAAAGAAGAUCCGCGAGCUCCUGAAACCUAUGCCUGUCAAAAGGCUGGAUACUGUGAAUAGUACGUGCACCAAUCAAACUCUCAAGAGAGCCAAAGACAGCCUAAGGCCGCAUACGCCUAGGGAGAAGAGAUGUCAAGCAAGCGCUAACCCUCACCAGAUCACGCCUAGGCGGGAUGCUGAAUUGAUGCGGGACAGGGCUGACAGGAUGAGGAAGGACACUGAGGAAGCCAUACGGCGAGAGCAAUCUUACUGCAAACUCUGCCACAAGGAACUGAAGUCAUCGCAAGCGCUGCGUCGGCAUGAGAGCCUCUACCAUCCGGAGAGAACGAGGCCGAAAGGACUACCGGUAGCUUGUAUUGGUUGUAAUAUUGCAUUUAAGACCGCGGCAACCUAUGUUAAACACAAAUGUAAAGGAACACCGCGUGGCGAAUUAGCCGAAAAAGCGUGCCCGGAGUGCGGCGAAGUGACGCUAGCGAACCCAGAAUACUCAGUGCAUCUACUGGAACAUCAUCCGGGGAUAUACAGCUAG